AUGUUCAAACUUUUAAUUGCUUUAUUUUUAACAAUAUCAAGGGCAGAGUUGAGGAGCCGGCCAAAAAGCAGAGUGAAAAUUGGAUCCGAAGAAUGGAGCCAAAAAUAUCAUUUCGAGUUCGUGGCAGCUGCGAAAAAGUGGGUCGACGCGCGAAACUACUGUAAAGAAAGAGACAUGCACUUGGUAACUAUCGACUGUUCGGACAAACAGAAAGGAUUCGCAAAGUGGCUCAAUCGACAUUCUCCUCCAGGAACACGAGUUUGGACUGGCCUGAACUCGCGGGAAAUGGAGUGGUUAUGGCAGCACACGCAGAUUCGCCCGACUUACGAUUACUUCCGCACUGGCUAUCCGGAAAUAAGAUCGAACACUUGUGUCUACGCAGACGACCGCCGCAAGCGAACAUGGCGCGGGGGAAAAUGCGGGAUGAAACUGCCGUUUGUUUGCGAGACGAAUCACUACUUUCCGGAAGUGCCGGCGACCGACUACAAUGUCAAAAUCGAAGUCAAUAGAAGUUUAAACGUUGCGGUCGAGAUCGAAACCACUCUUGCCGCGAGAACUGGGACCGGCGAUAACAACGACGUUGUCUCGAUUUUGUGGCUUCCGCUGAACGCUGUUAUCACGGACGUAUCAAUGGUGAAAAAGACAACUGACGGGGUGGCGGCUAGCAACGUCACUUCCGCGAAGAAGACAGAGUGCACGAAAUGCGAUGAUGUUUUUAGGAAUAUUGCGUCGAAUGGAAUCGUGGUUACGAGACUUGACAAGGAAGGAGUUCAGGAGGACAAGUUCAGAACUGUCAGGCUGAUGACUGCGCUCUGUGGCAUGCACAACAUCGCUCUCCGCGUCCGCUACGAAUACCCCCUCGAAAACGGGAGAAUCGAGCACUAUCUUCGACCUGGCUACCGCGCUGGAAAUCUCAACUUUGAGCUCACCACACCCAACGCCAAGGUCACAACGAAUUUCGAAUCAGGUUUGGAUCCAAGCUGUGAUCGAUUCAACAAGUACAAGACGAUGCGAGCAGAAUUGCGCGAACCAACUUGCCUGAAAUCCUCAAUUUGGAGCGGGAAAAAUCUCGUCUCGCGAAAAAAGAACUCAUUUUUAAAAACAAAGACGCACAAGUUCUACCUUUCCCUAGGUCAACAAGAAAGCUUCGGCGGGCGUUUUGGAGGCGUCUCCAGAUGGCUCUCAAUGAGCAUCAGAAUUCCGCGGAAGCAGCGCCUCCCUGCCGAUCCAAAUCGACCGCGAGGACUCAAUUUCAAAAUGACCGACGAGAACGAAACGAGUGCAAAGACUUGCGAUUCCCUGGUCAUUGCUGAUCCCAGCAGAACAAAUUCUGAAUUCUAA